CCAUUUCUCUCUUUCCUUUCUAUAUUUGCAUUAAUCUCCUCUUCUUUUUUUUUCUUCAUAAUUUUAAAUUUCAUUUCAUAUUCAGUUUUGCAGGCAGAUUCUUCAUCUACUUAUUAAUUGAAUAAUCUGUCCUUUGUUUUUGUGUACUGAUUGAAUAUUGAUGAUGGUAUUUGCAUUUCUUUUGUGGGUUUUUGAAUUCUAGGGUUGGUACUUGAUCUUCGAUAUGUUUCUCGAAAUUUCUGUGGAUUGGAUUAAGCUUUGGGGGUUUUAAGGGUUUCUAAUGGUGGAGCGAUAAUCUGAGCUGGGUUUGCUUCCAAAGGGACAACAUAUGCGUAGAUUUUCACCUUCUCUGAUGGGUUUGCUUCUUUUUUUUCAUGGUUUGAUGUCCUGCGCAAGAUAAUUAUCUAGAUCGUCUUAGAAUAGGUAUCAAAGUAGCACUUUUUUUUUUUUCUUCCUACUUUGAUGAAAAAAAUUGGGGGUAUAAUCUCUGGUUUGCGUAUCUUUUCCUUUUAGCGAAGCUGGGUUUUUGUUUGUCAUACUGUUUGUUGAAGGCAUUUGGAAACUUUGAUUUUUAGAGAGAGAAUGUAAUUGGGUUUUGAUUGAAUUUGCAUGAGGGAUUUGGUUUUGUUGGAACUGGGAUUCCGAAGAGAGGGUUUUCCUUUAUGGUCCGGAAGAAUUGAGAGUUUUUACCAAUUUUGGGGUUCUUGAUUUGGGUGGAUAGUCAGUGCUAGAGAAAUGGAAGAUGGGAAAAGUUUUGUCAUGAAAAGGGAUGGAUUGCGGUUGGGGGUAAAUGAGACGAAACCCGAAGAACCAUCGUCUGCUCGAAUGGAAUCUGAUGAGACUGGAAUUGGAAGUACAAAGAAUGAGAUUGUAGUUUUGGAAUCUGAAAACGGCGAGGGAAGCAAUGUGGUGUUCUCAAGAGAAGCACCCCUUGCGAGUACAGAGCCGAGAAUUUCAGGAGGUUGUAGUUGUGGCUCGAAGAAACUCAAAUCGGGGAUGUGCCCUACUGUGGAUUCCGAGAUCAGCAAAAACAAGGAAAUUGGGUAUGAGAAAAAACUCAACAGGCAAGACAGGAUUGAGUUGGGGCGAAUGUUUCAGGGUUCUGUGAGUUCCCGUGAUUGGAAACAUGCAGAGAGUCUGAUCUCAUUGGCAGAUCCGCAGACUCUUAAUGAUGCUUUGUGCAUUUCCUUGGAUUCAAUCUGGUUUCUGAGCACCCAGCACGAGCUAUAUGGCAUAACUGGAUUAAUUAAGAACAUUAUUAAUAAUGGUGCUUAUGACUUCACGAGAGCUGCUCUUAGGACUUCUUUUCUUGCUUCAUGUGUUUCUGCCUGCCAGAGCCGAACAAUGAGUCUGGCGGAUACAGUAACGGUAAUGGCUCAGAGGUUGCAUGAGCGUCUCCAGGAAUGCAAUGGGGAUGAGGUUUUGAAGGCCGAAGCUGGCGCCAAGGUCCAGAAGUUUACUGAAUGGGCUCUGAAGUGUAUAGGCUUUCAUUCUCGUUGCCAGGGGAAUAGGGGUGAAGUGAAUCAUUAUUCAGCUGUCGAGAUUCAACUUCAGUUAUCUGCAUUCAAGACAUUUCUUGAUCUUGCUGGCAACCAUCUUACUGGGAAGGACUUCACGGAGGCCUUUGAUGCAGCCUGCUUCCCCCUUACUCUAUUCUCUAGUUCUUUUGACACUGGUUGGGCAUCUGGAAUGUCAGCAACUGCAAUUCAGGGGUUGUUGGGUAUGUUGGUUGAAGGGGGUGCAGACAAUGUCAACCAAUGUUUUCUUGAAGCCUCACGUUUUGGGAGCACAGAGCUUGUGCGCAUAUUGUUGCAGAUUGCCCAAAGGAAUAGCUUGGAUGUUGAUGUUGAUCUGGCUUUGGGCUUUGCUUCACACUAUGGCAAGAUUGGCACCAUGGAAUGUCUAGUGGAAGAGGGUAAUGCCUCGGCUUUCUUGGGUCCUUUGAUGAGAGCAGCCGAGAGGGGUUGCAUGCUGGUUGUCCAAUGGUUUGUGAAAAGGGGUUGCCGAGACAUGGAUCUUUGUCUUGCCCUCACAGCUGCCACUUCUAGCAGCCAAGUUGAGAUAGCUGCGUAUCUCCUCCCUCAUGUUCCCCAGCAUGUCCUUGAGGCCCUCAGUAUCGAAAUUCUCAAGGCUGCUGGUGAACGGAGUGGAGGGUCUCUUGAUGGGGUAGCAUUUCUCCUCGGUUCAAACUUCCUAGGUGACCCUGCCACUACUUACGCUGUUGCAGACAGCAUUGCUAGGUCUGACGACGAGGCUAUUGCUCCUGAGCUGAGGGCAUUUCUCCGGGAACACUGGUCAGAGGCAGCUUUCUCAGAGGGACUGAGGGUAGGAGAAGAACAUUACUUCAACAUAGUAAGAAUAUUGAUGUGGGGCGGAUCUCCUAUUUGCUUGAGGGAUCUCCCAGCUCCCUUGAGGGUGGCCAUAGCGUACUUACCCCUUUAUAGGGAGUGUGUCAAAGCAGGAGGCUGCUUGUUAUCGCAACGGCUAAGGGGACAGCUUAUACAAGCAGCAAGGCAGCUGGGAAACGAGGCGGUUGUUGAAUCAAUCCAGGGGAGAGAACUCCUGGCGGUUUUGGAGCAUUAUCUUCCUCCAUUUUUGCUCUAUGCGCCCAACUCGUCUUAGUGAGAUGUCGUGUUAGGCCUUUGGGUUUUCAAUCAUCGUUUUCCCUUCCAUAUUUGCUGUAUGUUGUAGAGAAUAACAACGCUAUAACUUAUAUAGCUGGGUUUAAGGUGGCAAAGUUAUCGAGGUUUCUCUUUUUUUUUUUUCGGUUUCCGCAUCUGAUGUACAUGUUAGUCUGUUAUGUAAAACACAGAGAAACUAAUUCUCAGAAUGUGGAAAAUAUGAUGUUUGUGUAUAAUAGAUGGUAUCAUCUUUUUGAGGGCAA